GGGCUGAGCAUUCCUCUGCACAGCUUGUCUUGAAUGUCAUUUCGAGCGUUCACUUGGAAAUCAUGUAGGAAACUUUGUGCACCUUCAUGCAGAAGAAGCGUGUGGAUAAAGCCGAAAAAUGGCCAGGGGCCAUGAUUUAUCAACUGUGCCUAGUAUGCUCCAGAUGUGUGUGAUGAUCUGCAUGCUGGCAGCUGUUGUCUCCCAGUCAAUAAACUCAACCAAGAGGGCUCGUAAUUUCCCCGUUCAGUCCUCUCAGCUAGUCUGCAGUCUGCCAGGUCCAGCAGGGCCUGCUGGGAACCCAGGAGCCCCGGGGCAACCAGGGACUAUGGGCCCCAUGGGGCCACCAGGAUUAGACGGUCCAGAUGGAAAAGAUGGAGAGAAGGGUGAAAAGGGAGAUGGAGGUGGUGCAGGGAGACCUGGGACCCCAGGUAAGCCAGGGGUGAAAGGUCGUGAAGGUAUUAUAGGCAAAGCUGGACGCCAGGGACUUAAGGGGCGACAAGGAUCACCAGGACUGGCCGGACAAAUGGGCCCAAAAGGAGAGCUGGGUGACACGGGCCCGCGAGGAGCUCCCGGUGGUUGUAACUGUGGCAGCACGGCCCGAGCGGCCUUCUCCGUGGCUGUGACAAAGAGUUAUCCUAAAGAGCGCAUGCCCAUCCGCUUCAGCCGGAUCCUGCUGAAUGAGGGAAAUCACUACAAUGCCAGCAGUGGGAAGUUUGUCUGUGCAGUCCCUGGGGUCUAUUACUUCAGCUAUGACAUCACACUGGCCAAUAAGCACCUGGCCAUCGGGUUGGUGCACAAUGGACAAUACAAGAUCAAGACAUUUGAUGCCAACACAGGAAACCAUGAUGUGGCUUCUGGUUCUACUAUUCUCCAGCUGAAGGAGUCUGAUCAGGUCUGGCUGCAAAUCUUUUACUCUGAGCAGAAUGGACUCUUCUUUGACCCUUUCUGGACAGACAGCACCUUUACCGGCUUUCUUAUUUAUGCUGAUCAGGAGUUUCUCAAUGAGGCCGAUAUGAAAGCCAACAAUAAGACUGACAGUUAAUGCUGUUAUCCCGAAAUAUUUUGUUUGCUUAAUUGACUUUAUUCCACAUCAAAAUGAGACCUCCAUAAUCUGAAGCUGCUGCGAAUUGCAGUUAACACAUUUAGACACCAGGGUGCGCACAAGGAAAGGGGAAAAAAAGGGGGGGGGAAACGCUCAACAAAGAUUUAACAGAACAAAACCUACUGUGCUGUUAUCUCACACCAAAAAGUAGCUAAAUUAACUGCCUUUGUUCCUUGAACUCAGUUUUAGGAGAUGAACUGAUGCCAACCUCUAUUUUAAUUCACAAAGAAACCCUUUGAAUGUAAUGUUGAAUUGUUUCUAUAAAACUGCAUUCUGUAGAUUGUGAUCUGUUCUGCUCUCGCUGAAGAUGAUCACAAAAGUCCAAAAGCAUAUUCUGUAUCUUGCAGAUUUAAGAUAAACUUCACCAACAUUUUAUUUACUACUAUUCUAGCCAGUGAGAGGCAUAAAACAAGAAUUUAAGGAGUAGACCGGACAAACAGGGAAGUCGACUGCAUCAUUUUCAUUGUUGUUUUGAUUGAUAUGAACCAUGUGUAAUGCCCAUUUUUAGCUUUUGCUUUGUCCUCAUAUUGUGGUCUAAGAAAAUGUAUGAUUUUAUUUUCACGAGAUACAGUUGUAAUUCACAUUACAGAGAGACCUGAGUGAUCAGACAUAAUCUACAGUGGGGAUAGAAGGCAUGUUCAUGUCUGCUGACUUAAUAGAGAAGACUGACUCAGAGUUUAAGACUUUUUUGUGAAAUAAUGUUGUGUAAGUCAAAAGAUACUUUUAAAUAAAUAAUGUUGCAUAAAAAGUU